AUGCUCCAAGAUAUCCAACUUUCCGCCCACAAUUUCUCGCAAUCUUCAGAGAUGUGGGGUUUUGUGGAACAAACACGUAGGCCGGCGUACUUCCACCGCAACACCAUACCGGAGACUUUGGGCCUGAUCUAUGGACAAUAUGGAAGGGAGAACUCGUCUCAUGCCAAGUGCAAGAAGAGACGCUCAUGGCCACCAUCGACUGAUGAGGACAUACCGGAGCGCGAGCCAGGAACAUCAGACGGUCUACACGCGAUGUUUCUGGAGGACGAGAUCGAAGCGGAACGGAACGGAACUGGCUGA